UGUGUUCCGUUUGCUUCGUUUUGGACAUCGUCGAGUCCGCAGUGUCGCUGGUCUGUUGUACCCCGGUCGUCGUCGUCGUCCUCGUCGUCGUCGCGAUCCUCCAGAGUGCCACCCCAUGUGUUUCAGUGUCGUAUUCGUAACGCGCAGUCACCAUCACUGAUAGCUGCCAUGGGCCGCCGGCUAAAAGCCGCUGCCGGCUCGGGCUGACCGGGAAACCGCCAUUUCUUGAUUUAGCCGCCGCUAUACGCACAUUAUGGCCCCCGAGAACUGCCCCCGACUCGUAUACACGGUCGCGAUCACCACCUUCCUGUGGUUCGCCUCAGCAACGGGGUUUGACCCGGGGGCUAUUUUGACAACUUCACCUCCGGAUCAGUCCAUAGAUCUUUUAGCAGCUCUGGGCCUGCCUAACAGCACGUGGGUGGGAGUGACGUUAGCUCCUGGGCCUCAACAACUAAAACCGGCCUAUUACUUACAAGAUGACUCUCGGAGGGACCUAAAAUUGUCGUCAUCAGCAUUCCGACAGGCGGCCGAUUUACUGAGGCGCAGCUCUGAAUUCACGGUGUCCGCGUGGCUGCGCCAAGAAGAAAAUAACACGGGCACCAUUUUUAGCGUCUCUAGGGGUCCCGCAAGAUUUCUCGAGGUUCAAUCGAGUGGUCGCAAAAAUGAAGUCCGAUUGCACUAUACGUCACGUGUGGAUGGUAGGCCGUACGUCGAGACGUUUCCUUACCGCUUAGCCGAUAACCUGUGGCACCACGUGGCUGUCAGCGUUAGUGGCUCCCAAGCGGAACUGCUGGUGGACUGCCAUCCGUUGUAUAAGCGCCUCUUGCGACCUGGCGCUCCCGACAGAAAUAUAAGCGCUCCUCAAGAGAUCUGGCUGGGUCAGAGGAACAGGCAUUUUUUCUUCAAGGGCUCCAUGCAGGACGUACGGCUAAUUGCGGGCCCCUACGGUGCUUUGGCUCUGUGUCCUAGUUUAGAUGCCACGUGUCCCACGUGCGGCCAAUUUUCCCUACUACAGACAGCCCUUCAGGAGUUGCAGCGGCAUCUGUUAGAGAUUUCCAAAAGGCUCGCUCAAGCAGAAUUAAGACUAACUAGAGCUGAAGAAUGUGAUUGUCAAAAGUCUUGCCGUGUGAAUGGAUCGGUUCAUGCCGACGGAUCGACUUGGCAGAGAGGUUGUGAUUUAUGUGCGUGUGUACAUGGCGAAGUUCAAUGUCGCCCAGUGGAAUGUCCGGAACUGAACUGUAAACAUCCAGUAAAACAAAAUGGACAGUGUUGUGAAAGCUGUUUAAAUGUUUGUUAUUUUAACAAUCAAUUGUACGAUCACGGCGAACUAGUGACCGUACAAAAAUGCAUGGAAUGCGAAUGCACCGACGGAACCAUGACGUGCAAAUCAAUAGACCCAAAUACCUGCCCAGCAUUGAAUUGUCCCCCGGAAGAGCAAUUUUCAGUACCUGACAACUGCUGCAAAUUUUGUCCAGGUGUCGACUACUGCGCCAAAGGCCAUUUUUGUCAUGCUAACGCUACCUGCCGCAAUUUACAAACAACCUAUGCUUGUCAAUGUGACACCGGCUUUAGGGGUGACGGCCGAAUGUGUUCGGAUAUUGAUGAAUGUCAACAAGAGGGCGGCCACGAGGGCCACCAUUGCCACGCCAACACCCGAUGUGUGAACACCAACGGUUCCUACGAAUGCGAAUGUUUGGAAGGUUACGUGCGCGUCGAUCGAUUCAACUGCGCAGAACUGGACGAAUGUUCUACCGGCGCGCAUAACUGUGAUGCUUACGCUGAUUGCGUGAACACGAAAGGAAGCUACCGGUGUCAAUGUCGAGAGGGCUAUGUCGGUGACGGCUACAAAUGCCGGCCUGUUUGUUCUCCAGCCUGUCUUAACGGAGGAGUAUGUUUGAAGCCGGGCCAAUGUUCUUGUCCCGGAGGAUACGCCGGAUCUUCGUGUGAAAGAGACUUGGAUGAAUGCGCGACGAACGCUCAUAGAUGCACCAACUCCUCCGAAUGCGUCAACAUGAUCGGUUGGUACUACUGUAGAUGCAGGCCGGGCUACGAGGGGCCUAAUUCAGACAAUAAUCUUGGAACUUUAUGUGUAGAUAUAAACGAAUGCGAAAUAGAUCACCACACGUGUCAUCCCUCGGCACUAUGUGUAAAUACCGAAGGAGGAUUUCGGUGCGAAUGUUCGGCCGAUUCCAAAGACUGCCGAAGAAGUUGUGUGUUUGAAGGUCGCGAGGUGACAGAUGGACUGACCAUUCCAUCCAGUCGUGACCCUUGCCUUAGCUGCAGCUGCGGACAAGGCGUAAUGCGCUGUGAAAGGCCGAAAUGCGAUUGCGACCAACCCGGAACUGACCUUAAUCUAUGUUGUCCUCAGUGCGAUCGUAGGCAUGCGUGCCGGCAUCAAGAAUUGAAUGAUGUGAUUUUGAUGCACGGAGAAAGGUGGUCCUACCAGUGCCAGACGUGCGAAUGCCUUUACGGUGAAGUUGACUGUUGGGAACUUAAAUGCCCCCCACUACUGUGUUCCAAUCCGGUUCACUCGUCCGGCGAUUGCUGCCCGCAUUGUGAAGAUCUGUGUCCUUUGGGUAACUCGACGGUUAGCUGGGGAGGACAGCCUUGCAUCCUCGGCGGGGUCCUCCACGAGUCGGGGGCUCAGUUCGUCGACACAAACGACCCCUGCGUCACCUGCAAUUGCAAGGUGCCGUACUGCGCAGAACUGGUGAGCAAUGUCGCGUGUUGUGUGCAUCGAACGGAGUGCUAUGCUGUAGUUAUAAUUACCAUUGCGGCAACGAUUCACCAGACCCGGUUGGAUUUGACGGCAUGGUUGCUACCACUAGAGACGCUCCUAGUAGUGCCAGUAGUGCAGCGUUCUACUCGGUUAGUGGCGAUCGCAGAGGGCGCGCGACCUCACACAGUUUCAUCGAUAAGACUUCUUUACCGACUAGCUGGACUACUGUACCUAGUGCUGUGCGCGAUAAGAGCGGGUUGUCACACGAGGAGACUGACAGAGCUCCGCCUCCCGGCGGCUGAAUCUCAUAAUUCAAAUACGGAAAAGCACUCAUCCCAAAUUGUUCUCUAGCAGGAAUUUACUGUGUACGGCUGGGUUCGUUUGGUAGGAUAAAUGAGACGCGACAGCUUCCAACUAUUCCAAAUGGAUUGCUGAACGUACUAACUUUUUAAUCUGUCGGUAGUCGCUAAUUUUUACAUUUUUUUACGGAAUAUACCUAGCCAAACCACUAGUAAGAUACCUUCUAGGAAACCUCUGGGAUGGGGCGUCAUAUUGGUCCUACAUUCCUUUUUUAUAGACAUAUUGGGCUCUUGUUGGUGGCCAGUGUUAGCGAGUGAAGGGUAUGAUCAAGUGUCUUCCUGUGUUGGGUAUGAGGGUCCGGUUUUUGACUAGCUGAUGAUGGAUAGUCGCCAUUCAAUAGUAAUUGCCGAAAGUGAACGGACUAGCCUGGGCUAACGAUUGAAUGUUUAGUGUAUAAAUACUAAUAUAAUGGUGCAAGCACUUGUAUUUGAUCUAGUGGGCUACCAAGGUGAUGUUACAAAAUGAUUAAGCAGCAAUGACAUUACAGGCUUUGGAUGUGUUCAGAUUUAACAAUUAAUAAAUGCAAAAAGGAAGCAUAUAAACGUUGUAAUAGACAUAUAGACAUUCAACAUAACUUUCUAAUCGUUUAUUAAUAUGAAUAAAUCUAAUAGACAAUAAUUAAUAAAGAUGAAUUUGCAGAAAGUAGCAAAUUUUAAUGAACUUUUAUAGUGUACUGGAUCUUACUGACGUUGUUAGCAAUGUUUGUCGUUUAAGUGUGGUUUAAUUUGAUAUUUAAGUGGGGUAUAACUUAAGUGCUUCAUAACCGUGCAUUGAGUCGUCGCAUUAUAGAUCAAAUUUACAAGGUGAUUUAUAAAUGCAGUUAUUAAAACAAAAAUGUCGCUACGUGUGAUUUUUAUCUAAUGUUAGGUCCUACUACACAUUUUCACUUUUAAGGAGUUGUAAAAACAGGCUUUAAAAGUAAUUUAUAAACGUCAACGUCAUUCACGUUCGUAGUUUCAAAAGGAAACGUUUAACGUUUUGUUGAUGUCCCAGACAAUACAGCGCGCUACAAAACGCGGUGCAAUCUUGCACUAGUAGGAGAAUAGUUCUAGCUUGUAAAAUCGAAAUUUAGUUUUGACAUAACAUUGAUGACUUUUCAUGAGGUAUCACCUUAGUAGCCCAGGAAUAUUCGUAGUUAUGUGCCGUAUUAAAAUUAAAUUUCUCUAGUCAAUGGAUAUGGGCUUGCUAAUUAAAUAGAACAAAUUUCGGGCAAGCUUGGACUUUAAAAUUUAUUAAACAUUUUUACAUAGUAAUGUGAGCAUAUCUUGCUAUUUUAAAAAUUUAUUGCAAUAUUAAAAUUGUGAUAUCGUUACAUGAGACUAAUAAUUAAAUAAUUAUAUAUUUUUUUUCCAUUAAAUGUAAAGUUAGUUCCUGUACUGUGCUGCUCCCAUUUUUUUAAUUUAUGGGUAACGUUUCGAAGGAUUUAUAUAGGUACAUAUGCAUAUGAGGCUUAUUCUAAUAAAUUUUAAAUGUGUGUAAAAUUAUAUAUCAAUCAUAUUGGGUCGCAAUGAAAAGUAAAAUAAAUUUCUAGGAUAUUUUUUAAGAAUUAAAAUGAUAACCCAUUCCAUUUUUCUGGUAGGUUCGUAUAAGUUUUAAAUAAAUAUUAAAAUACUUAGUUGUCCUGGUAAAUUCUUUGGUGAUUUAGCAAUUAUUUCAUUACUAAAUCGGGUAAGCAUAUUACAUCUACCUGUAAACUUCACUAGUUUGGGAUACCAAAUACAGCUAAUAGUUGUUGCUAAUGGUAAAAAUAGACGCAAAGUCUUCCUGAUAUAAACAGUAACACCUAUAUUCCUGGAGCGCGUGCUAAGCUUGUUGAUUUUUUGGAUUACCCGGAAAUAAAGCUGGAAAUAAUACUCAAAAUACUAAUUUCCACGCCGAAUAUUUCCGAAUGAAAUUCCUUGGAAUAGAAAUUAGAUAGAUCGAUUAUAAUAGGUUUGUGGGUUACUUUAUUACGGACGUUGAUCUUAUGAUUUUAUUUCUCAACUCGCUCCUCUGUUAUGUCAGAAUUUUACAUAUUUCCACUACUUUCGAAACUAAAAGCUUAACGGCCUUUAAAAUUGUUGUCAAUAUGGUUUCAUGCAUUUUUAGAAAGUUCGUUUAUUAUAUAUCCUUUACUAGAAAUAUAUUGAAGCUUUCAUUUCUUAGCGAAUUUGUUUUCUACGGCUAAUAUAUUGUUAUCCUUAAUCAAGUUCAAAAUUUACGUACAAAAAUCUUAAAUACGCAAGGUGUCGCAACAUUGAGUAGGCACUUGAUACUAUAACCUAAAAUUAUUUUCACACAUGCGUGUCUAAUUCUUGUGAAAAAUGUUGUUGAUUUUUGGCAGAAAUAUUGCUGACUCUACAUUUUUAACUACUUAAAUUAAUACACUUAGCGCUAUUCAGGGUGUCUUAUAUACUGGGGAAGAAUGAAGAAAAUUCAAAACACCAUAUAUCUAUUUUUUUCUUCAUCAAAUGCUUGCUUUCGAUAUAAGCCAAUCUAUCUGGCAUCUGGGGAUAUCGGCAUUUUUGUAUUUAUUAGGUACCUACGUUGGUUUGAAUAGCUUAAAACACAAUCUAAAUAUCAAAUACUAUUAUUUUAUGGAAAUUUCAAAUCGCAAAAGUAGCAAUUUUUAGCUUUUUAAUUAAAAAUUAAUUGGCAUUUUCUAGGCAAUUAUUCUCGAAACAUACAAAAUUCAUUCGAAUAAAUGUUCAAUAUAAACUCAUAUUCAGCACAUUUCUAAUCUAGGUUACAAGGAAAGUGUUUAUUAUUAUAAACGUGGUAGUCAAAAUUUGCGUUAAAAAAAUCAUAUAUAAAGAGGGAUGUAUAUACCCUCUUCCAUACGAAAAAUCAUAUAUUUACUUUUUCUGGCAUAUCCUGUAUAUGAGAAUAUUAUUGACAAUGCAACUUUCUAAUUUAUUGCUAAAUAAUUGCCAUAUUAGAUACAUUAUUGUGUUGAAGUUUAUUCCAUAAAACUAUUAUUUUAUUCCACUUCGGAUAUUAAGCUUCAAUAUCGCAAGCUUAACGAAGAUGAAGACAACUAUCCACUUUGCAACAAAAUGCAUUAUUUAUAAAUAUUUAAUAUUUGAUUACCAUGCGGGGCAGCAUAACUUUAGUUAUACGCAAAAAUAAACUUAAAUAGAAGAGAAAGAGAAAUCAUUAUGUACUUAUCGUACAUAUUAGCACAAAAUAAUAAACUUGUUAAUAUAGGUUUAAAUUAUUGAUACUACGAAAACUAUAAUUACUAGAAUUUAUGUCAAAAAUGGUAUGUAUAUUGAUAGCUGAACAACGAAAGGAAAUACACUGUUUGGCCCCACGACUUAGCUAUAGCAAAUUGUAAUUUGUAACUCUUGUAAAUUUGUUUAAAUAAUAUUAUUUAUUGCUCAUUAAGCGUAAUUUUUUUUACCAAAGAGGUUAAAUGUUAUAUUAAUAUACGAGCUAAAUGAUGUCCUUUUUAGGAAAAUUGACUAGUGCAAGAAAUUGUUGUUUGCCGGUAGAGCACCCUGAUUAUGUCACACAUCAGUAUUUUUCGUUAAAUCCUAAAAUUUUUCAAAAACUAGACACUCGUCGACCCGUCUAUUAUAAGAUUAGAAAUGUUAAACCUUUUUUUUUUUGAGAAAUUUUAGCGAUCCUCUAUUCGUUCAUUUAAUGUGUUAACGAGAAUUGGCAUUAAUUUCUCUACUAAUAUCAUUUCAUAAUCUUUUCUUUACGUGCAUUUCCUUUGUAAGUAAUAAGUAUUAAGUUAAGAUUUUUAUCUGGAUUAUGAAUUUAUGUACAUUUUGAGAUUUAUAUUUAUUUACUAUUUUAUUAUUGUACAGAUGUCGCUAUUACCUUUAUGUUUUUUAAAAUGUGU